UGGACAGAUGCCUCAAAAAAUCCUCAAAUUGAUUUCCAGAAAAGGUGCUUGUGCUACAAAGGCAGCACUUGAUUAAGAGCGUAGAGGCCCCAUCUGGAUUAAGUUUUAAUUUCCCAAAACAAAAAUCUAACAAGCAAAUGAAAUGCGCAGCGAUUUUCCGCCUUUGGCCAUCCGGAUUUGGAUGCACAAGCUGAAAAAGGGCGUGGCCCUGCCUCCGGCCACCCUAGAGAAAUGUUUGGUGACAAAAAUGAGCGCAGAGGCAGCUACCUUGUCGGUGGCAAAUGCGUGUGAAAGAGGCAUUCUGGUGCCACGGACUGAGGGAACCCGGAGCAAACGUGUCAGCCUCGCCUUUUGCCAGAAACUGAACUCCCUGUCGAUACCUGGAAAUGAUCCCUACUGCUACGAGUGCCACCUGCCCGGAGUCUUGAAGGAAUGUCCGUCCUGCAUACGGAGCUUCCACGAGAACUGCCAGCGCAAAGAGCCAGAAAAGCCCAACUACUGUGUACCCUCGGACAAGGGACAGCCGUACAGGCUACCGCAAAACGAAUCCGACAAAGAAGCCGAGAAUAAUCCAAGUGAGGAGUUCACUCAAUCACCGACUCCGGAGCCUCUAUUGGACCACAAUAGUAACAUAAGUCAGGGUCACGUUACUUCGGACACUCCAGAUUUUCUUAAGCACGAAAACUUGGAAUGGGACGAUGAUGUUUUCUUUGUAAGUGAGCGCAAGGGAGCUCGCCAACGAAAACAGGCUAACGUCAAGGACGAGCAACAUCCAAACUUGGAUAGUGAUACUAGUAGUGAGCUGGAAUAUUGCACCCGGUGCCGUCUACUCAAGAUGGCCUCUCUUCACAAUCCUCCGCAGUUGGAUAAACAGGAGCUAGCCUGCCUUCUCAAAUACUCUUGGGGAAUCCACCACUCCUGGCUGACCACAGACGUUUCCAAAUAUAUGGCGAAGAACUGGAACGAUCGUGAUAGGGCGCUGGUCAAACGCAUACUUUUCAAAACCAAGAUACUUGGUUUGGCGGAUAUCGAGCGUAGCAUAGCGGCCAAAAAGUAUAGGUACUUGACAGAGUUUCUUAUGGAUCUGCUUGAUCUACAGCAUAAUAUUGCUGUUUUCUUUGGACCCAAGAGCGUGGAGUAUACUGCGACAAAGUGGCUGUUGAGAGACGUAACGCAUGACAUCCGGGAGAUCCGUCGAUGUCCUGACUGCUUUCGAUAUUCCCACGAGGCCAAUUUAUCAAGCCUUUGGUUUGCGAAGCCUUGUCUUCAGCGCCAUGAGUUGGUAUUUGCCAAACAGACAGGGUCACCUCCCUGGCCCGCCAAGGUAAUCAGCGUGUCUAAACGAAAGCCAAUUAAGUACGAUGUUCGAUUUUUCGGAGGCUCUCACUCGAGAGCCCUUAUCUCUGAACGUGAUAUCAUUCCCAUCGAAUCGGACAUACAGUCGCACAUUAAACCGAAAAACUCCAAGGCGUUGAGUUCUGCCUUACGAGAACUCCAAUGCCACAUGAUAUUGUCCCACUACUCUGCUUCGCAAUUUGGUUUCCAUGCCGAUCCUGCAAUAGCCGAGAAUCUCAUUCAAGUAGCCUUGUCUCACUGCAACGAGUCCUCGGAAACUCCACAAUGGACAAAGAAACGAAAGCUAAACUCCUCCACUACUGAAGCCACUAGCGCCAAUUCUCCAGUGCCCAAUCGAGUCUUGCCGGCACGUCGCUGCUCGAUUGCAUUUCGAAGUGAAGCAUUGCAAGAGUCGCGUUCAAGCUAUGCGGACAGUGUCACCUAUCAGAAUCUGGCAUCUGAAAUCAUUCAGGCAAACGAGGAGUUGGUAAAGUGUCAAAGCGAAUUAGCCAUCAUGCGUCAGAAACUGGAUGCAGUGAAGAGGAAGCGCUGGUGCCAUCUCUGCUUGGAGGAAGCAGCCUUCGACUGCUGCUUCAGUGCGUCUUACUGCAGUGGAGACUGCCAGCGACGGGAUAAGCGACGCCACCAGACAAAUUGUAAAGUAAAACAAUAAACGUUAUAGACAUACGUUA